AUGAAGCACUUGUCGGUAUCCACAAGGUCUCUUUUCCUUCUCUUCGCACUCGUUUUUCUUCUUGCUUUAUAUGUCGACGCUAAAUGUGUCCCUCGCGAUGUAACCCACGACAUAUCGUUGCCCUCCGUUGGUGAUGCUAAUGACUCGAAGAACUCUAAAGAAAUUUCAAAUGCUCAACAGACAACGUCAUCUAACUCCAACGAGAAAAGUAGUGAUGGCGACAACAAACAAAAGGAAGAGAAAAAUUCAGAUGGUGACGAUGGUGAAAAAAAGGAAAAGAAAUCAAAAGAUGAUGAGAAAAGCGACGACGAUGAUGGUGAUAAAAAAGAAAAGAAAUCAAAACAGGACGAGAAAUGCGACGAUGAUGAUGAUGACAAAAAGGAAAAGAAAUCAAAACAGGAUGAGAAAGGCGACGGUGAUGAUGAUGACGACAAAAAGGAAAAGAAAUCGGAAGAUGAUGAAAAAAAGGAAAAGAAGUCAAAGCUUGAUGAGAAAGGUGACGACCAUGAUGAUGACGACAAAAAGGAAAAGAAAUCAGAAGAUGAUGAUAACAAGGAAAAGAAAUCGGACGAUGAUGAUGACGACAAAAAGGAAAAGAAAUCAGAAGAUGAUGACGACAAGAAAAAGAAAUCCGAUGAUGAUGAUGAUGACGACGACAAAAAAGAAAAGAAAUCAAAACACGACGAGAAAGACGACGAUGAUGAUGACAAAAAGGAAAAGAAAUCAGAAGAUGAUGACGACAAAGGCGGCGACGACGACGAUGGUGAUAAAAAGAAGAAGUCACACGAGAAGGAGAAAUGCGACGACGACGACAAGGAAAAUUCUUCGUCGUCGUCGUCAUCGUCAUCAUCAACCCCAAUGGACCCCGUCUUGACCCAGAAAGUAUGCGGGUCGACUCGGUAUCCCAAGGAUUGUUUGAGCUCCAUCGCACCCUUCUACACAGGGGACACGGACCCGGUGUCAGUCCUGAAGAUGGAGGUCCAAGCGGUACGACAGGGUUUCGCGACCGCAAUCGCCAAGGUGAAGCAGAUGAAGAAAGAGUCGGAUGGGAAGUGGAACAAGGGCGCACUCGACACUUGUGUUGAUAACUUCAACAGCGGACUCACGGACUUGGAUAGUGCAUUGGAGGCCAUAACUGACCACAAUAUAAAAACGCUGCAAACAAUGUUGAGUUCAGUGCUGACAUACGUAACAACAUGCGAAGACGCUAUGGACGAGGAUCCAGACUCGGAUGCACUGCCCAAUGUUACCAACAUGGAGCAGAAGCUCACAAACUUGGCUACCAAUAGCUUGGACAUCGCCAACCAGCUCAAUUGGACAUAA